CCAGCAUGUGGCUGAAGUCCGGCCGCUGCCCCACAAUUCAGUCAUGCCGAGGCAUCGUCGAGGCUAUCGCUCAAUGGCACAUGAUAGUCCGAUAUUGAAACACUUAGCACCACAUUCCUUCAUCAACGACCAACAUGUCAGAGAAGAAGGGCCUACCAGCAUGGCAACGUCGCGCCGCCGACCCAUCCAUCCAAGCACCGAGUUCAGAACAUGACGCUACCCCGUCCGCCAUUGAUCGAGUCCGCAAGUUCCUCCAGGACCCGGCGGUCAAGGACGCCUCGCCCGAUAAGAAGAGGGCCUUCUUGCUGUCCAAGGACAUCUCGGAAGACGCCAUAGACCGGCUCAUGACUUCGGCAGACUCUGAGCGCAAGGACACAGACGCCGACAAGGACACUGCGAUACAAGACGCAACCGGAUCAACUACCGACGCCUCGACCGAAGCUGCCCAGCAAGAGUUCGACGCAAGCAAGACGACGCCACAGCCACAGGCAUAUGUCAGAACCACAGACGGCUCGCAAGAUGCUGCAAAGCAAGAGUUCGAUGCCUCCAAGGCCGUCUCCUUCUCGCCCACAGAGUUCAGAGCCGCAAACCCGUCUACCACCCCUGCACCACCACCACAGCAGCCACGACGAGACAUACCUCCUAUCGUCACCUAUCCUGAGUUUCUCGUCCAACCUCAAAAACCACCGCCACUCGUGACUGUGAGCCGCCUUAUUAACGCGACAUAUAUAGCAGGUGCCUUGACCGCAUCCGCUUAUGCUUUGUCAAAAUACAUCAUUGCUCCCAUGGCUGACAACCUCAAUGAUGCCCGGCAUGAUCUAUUUGAGCACACGAGUGAUUAUGUGGACGACUUCAACGACAGACUGUCCGAAAUCGUAUCCACAAUUCCCUCACAGGCAAAGUCCUUCCUGCCUAACACUGCCGAAUCCGCAGACUUUGACAUGGAAAGUGUCACCUCGGAUCCUACUGAGCUAUUUCACCGUGAUGUCGGCACCCAGACUUCACCAUCCCUUUCUCGUCGUACGAGUCUGUCCUCUGACACUGAUGUGGUCAAGGUCAAACCGGAUACUGUUCCUGUCAAGCAAGCCACACGCCUUGAAAUAAUCAAAUCUCAUUUAGCAGAGCUCCUCGAAGGCACCGAGAGCAACGGAGCCAGCAAUCAGACAUUACAGGAAAGCGUCGGCGAAACAAGACAGUAUCUUGACGGCCUCUAUUACACACCUCCAUCAUAUUCAUGGAAUGCCGAUAACACACUCAACACAAAUGGUGCCAAAGACAAACAGCCUGACGCAGCUGUGGCAUUGAAAGCCGAGAUUAGGGGUGUCAAGGGCGUCUUGCUCAGCGCGAAACGUUUUCCCUCGGUAGGAAGAGUUGGCGCUUGAGUCCUACUACCCAACAGGCGAUGACCAUAAAGUCUUGUCGACCUUGGACUGCACUGUUUCGCCACUCUCACAUCACGGGAGCUCGCUCACGACAGCACGCUUCUCAACCUCAAAUUCAGCCCUUGAAAUCCUGUUUCUAAUUAGAAUUUUGGUAUCCAAAGAUGCUUGCAGUGGGAAGGCUCCUUGAUGACUGGAUGUCAAGGAUGCGCAAACCUUGGACUGA